AACCCCUCCCUCCCUGUUGCUCAGAGUGAACUGGAUCUGCUCUUGAAGUGCCAGUUCCCAGCAUAUUCUGCUCAGUCAGGUGAACGGCACAGUUCUCUGCCCCUCAGUGACUAUGGGGCUAUGGGCUGCUCUUUCAUGGGGGUCUGCGCUGCUCCUGGCCCUGGCUGUGAUCUGCUUCCUCCUCUACUGCUCAUACGUGCACUAUAUACACAUUAAGUAUGACCACAUCCCAGGACCUCCCAGAGACAGCUUUCUCUUUGGCCAUACACCAACAAUACUACGGAUCAUGAAAAAAAAUGACCUUGUCUAUGAUACAUUUUUGGAAUGGGUACAGUUAUACGGUCCAUUAAUGCGCAUUAAUUCAUUGCACAAUGUAAUGGUAUUGGUUGUUAGUCCCGAAGCUGUAAAGGAAUUCCUGAUGUCACCAAAAUACCCUAAAAACAAAUUCUAUGAUAUAAUUGCUUAUUUGUUUGGAGAAAGAUUCAUGGGAAAUGGUUUAGUGACUGAUCGUGACUAUGACCACUGGCAUAAACAGAGGAGGAUUAUGGAUCCCGCUUUCAGCAGAGCCUACUUGAUAGAUAUGAUGGGAACUUUUAAUGAGAAGGCUGAAGAGCUGAUGGAAAAGCUUGCAGAAAAGGCGGAUGGAAAAAGUGUUAUUAGAAUGCACGAUAUGAUGAGCAGAAUUACGCUGGAUGUCAUUGGAAAGGCUGCAUUUGGGCUAGAGCUAAACUCCCUACAUGAUGACCAGACUCCUUUUCCAAAUGCCAUCUCAUUGAUCAUGCAAGGUAUGGUGGCAUCACGCAAUCCUCUGGUAAAGUAUACUCCAGGAAAGCGAUCAUUUGUUAGAGCUAUCCAGGAAAGUAUUCGGCUAUUGCGUCGCACAGGAAGAGAAUGUAUUGAGAAAAGGCAGAAACUGAUAGAGGAGGGAGGAGAGAUCCCAGCAGAUAUACUGACACAAAUCCUCAAUGGAGCAGCCUUGGAAGACAACUAUGACUCUGAGAGUUUGUUAGACAACUUUGUCACUUUUUUCAUUGCUGGUCAUGAAACCACUGCCAACCAGUUAUCUUUUGCUGUGAUGGAACUGGCCAGAAAUCCAGAUAUACUGGAAAAAGUUCAGGAUGAAGUGGAUGAAGUGAUUGGCUCAAAAAGAGAAGUUGACCACGAGGACCUUGGAAAGCUACAAUAUUUGUCACAGGUUCUGAAAGAAACCUUGAGGCUUUACUCUACAGCACCAGGCACAUCACGGGUAUUAGAAGAGGAAAUGGUUAUUGAAGGUGUGAGAAUCCCCCCUAAUACUAAUUUGAUGUUUAACUCCUAUGUAAUGGGAAGAAUGGAGCAGUUUUUUAAAGAUCCCCUCACCUUUGAUCCUGACAGAUUCAGUCCAGAUGCUCCCAAGCCAUAUUUUACUUAUUUCCCAUUUUCUUUGGGACCACGUUCCUGUAUCGGUCAGGUGUUUGCUCAGAUGGAAGCCAAAGUGGUGAUGACAAAACUUCUGCAGCGAUUUGAGUUCCAGCUGGAGGAAGGACAGAACUUUAAGAUAUUAGAUACAGGGUCCCUUAGACCCAUGGACGGGGUAAUGUGCCGACUGACACCACGGAGAAGCAAUAGAUGAAACACUGACCUUAAAACUGCUACAUUGGUUCCCAGCCAUUUUAUUUUUACAUUGGGACACCCUUGAUGUUCAUUAGACAUUUGUAUCAAACAUUGACUUAAUUUUAGAUGCACAAUAAACACAAGACAAAUAAACAGAAAUGAAAAUAC